CUCAGCGGUGCAUCGGCUGGUUCCUGGCUGCGCGGCCCGCGGACUGCGAGCAGGUCGCCCCGGGCUGGCAGCGCCACCCGGUUCCGGAGUAAAUAAGGGGGAGCCUCCCCCGAGCACCGUAAUCGGAGUCCCAGUGGGCGGGGAGCCGCACGCGCCGCCCGCUCAUGUCUCUGCGGAGCCGAGUGUCCGGCCGCCUGGCUCAGCUGCGCGCCGCGGGGCAGCUCUUCCGCGCCCCGCGCCCCUGGCCAGGCCCCUCGGCGGGGGCCACGCGGACCCGCAGCAGUGCCUACGGCCUCCGCGCGCGGACCCCGGCGGGAGUUGGGGCUUGGGGGGCGGCGGCGGUGGGGCGGAGAGCCGGGGUGCGCACUUGGGCGCCCCUGGCCAUGGCGGCGAAGGUGGACCUGAACACCUCCACCGACUGGAAGGAGGCAAAAUCGUUUCUGAAGGGCCUGAGUGACAAGCAGCGGGAGGAGCACUACUUCUGCCAGGACUUCAUCAGGCUGAAGAAGGUCCCCACCUGGAAGGAGACGGCGAAAGGCUUGACCGUGAAGGUGGAGGAGCCCAAGUACAAAAAGGACAAGCACCUCAAUGAGAAGAUCUCCCUGUUCCGCGGCGACAUCACCAAGCUGGAGGUGGACGCCAUCGUCAACGCCGCCAACAGCUCCCUGCUCGGAGGCGGCGGUGUGGACGGCUGCAUCCACCGGGCCGCCGGGCCCCUGCUCACCGAGGAGUGCCGGACCCUGCAGAACUGCGAGACCGGCCAGGCCAAGAUCACCGGCGGCUACCGGCUGCCCGCCAAGUAUGUCAUCCACACGGUGGGGCCCAUCGCCCACGGAGAGCCCAGCGCCAGCCAGGCCGCCGAGCUCCGCAGCUGCUACCUGAGCAGCCUCGACCUGCUGCUGGAGCACCGGCUCCGCUCGGCGGCGUUCCCCUGCAUCUCCACCGGCGUGUUUGGCUACCCCAACGAGGCGGCAGCGGAGGUAGUGCUGGCUGCGCUGCGUGAGUGGCUGGAGCAGCACAAGGACAAGGUGGACCGGCUCAUCAUCUGUGUGUUUCUGGAGAAGGACGAGAGCAUCUACCUGCAGCGGCUGCCGCACUACUUCCCCCUGGCCUGACGGCACCACCGCACACCCUGACCAGGACUGACUCGCCGGGGCCUGCUGGACCUCGCUCCCAGCUCUAAGAGGCAGCUGAAGCCGGCAACUGGGCCUGGUCACCCCAUCUUUUCCCUCAGCCCCCCGCCCCUCAGGAGCCUCCUAAUAAAGACCGCCCUGUUGCA